UCCCACUUUGUGUGAAAAGUGAAUAUGAUGCUUUCAAGCUGUAAAUGUUUGCAUGCAUAUUGUCUUUUAAUCCCCUUUUAUUAAAACUUGCAGUCACCAGAGCACAUCUGCACUUGGUAGAAAAGAUCAAUAUUUAAACAGCAACAAAAGCUGUAGUAUUGAACUGUAGCACUGUUAUUCCCUCCACAUGAUGCAACAACUUUCAGUUCACGUCCGGACUGGAAAACGAAAGUUGGAUACAGUGGCCAGGCAUGAUGUUACUGGAAAACCCCUUCCUGUGCCUUUAUAGGCGGAGAAUCUGAGGAGCUGACUCAGAUGAACACAACCCGGCGGCUGUGAGCGAACUGUGCAAAGCGUUUAAAGGCAUCUCUCUCUCCGAAAAGGACGAACCUUUACAAAUGAAGAUGGAGAAGCUGCAGCUUUUCAAAAAUAAGCUGCUUCAAAGAAGUGAGAGCCAGAAACAGUUGGUGGAGAAAAACAACAAUGACAUACGAGACGGAUGUGAUCUUGCAUGUCCCGGGCAUAAGACUCAGAACGCCUUGAACACUGAAGAGGAGCAGCGCUUGGAGAGACAGGAAAACAUCACCUCCCAGGAACUAACUGAACUCCUCGGCGUCUGCUCUGGCAACACCUCUGAGGGUGGAUCUGGUCGCCCCGUGCAGCAGAACAGGUCGCAAGAAGUCGUCCGACUCAUACAAAAAUGGGUGUCCGAGAACCUCCCCAAGCCGCCCAUUGAUCUGAAACAGGGCCUCCAGCAGCAUCUGGCUAAUGUGCUGAAGGUCGUGGUCAAUGAGUUUGAGAGGCUCCACCCCGUGAUGGAGGCGGGUGGGAUGAGGGAAUGCCUGACCGACGGCUGCCACCGCCAGACAUUCGCUCACCUCCAUGGUCUGCUCCAGAACGCCAGCUCCGUCAGGGAUUCCUUCGUGCUGAUGAACUGGGUCAACCGUAAAUAUCUGAGUGAGGCGGUGCUUGGUCAUCCUAACCAUCGGCUCAUCACUGACUGGGAGGCAAAAUCAAAGGGCAACCUGCUGGAAAACGUGAAAAAGGAGGUCAGAAGGAACCUGGACACAAUCCUGGAGAAUGAGAAGAACCAGAAACGCUGUGAUACUGAGGACAGUGAGGCUUAUAUGGCACUUUAUGUGGACAUUAUUCAGUGCAUCACUGCCAUGCCCAGAGAAGCAGAAAAAAUCAGCUCAGAACUGUGUGAUUGUGUCCUGGAGAUUUGCCUUAAGGAGCUGCUGUCGUUUGUGAGGAGGUACGCUGUAGAGCAGAAGGAGUUCCUUGGUAAAAAAGCAGAAUCGGACAAACCAGAAACAAUUUACUUCCUGAAAACUUUGAGAACAUGUAAAGAACUCAAGCACUAUGUUCAGAACCAAAGUUCAACCUUCAACACUUCCGUCAAUACCUCCCUCGUGGCAGUGCUUGUUCAGAUAGAAGGUCUUGCUUUGAAACUUCUAAUGGACAUUGUGACCAACAUUGUGGAGAGUCCCCUCCAGACUUACUUCAAAUCCAAAGCCUGGUGCUUCUACUUGGUGUACGACUUAGAGAAGCAUUUCCCACAAUUGUCCUAUGCUGUGGAGGAGCAAAAGGUAGCAAUGGACGAGGCUUAUAAGAUCAUCAGCCACACUUACCUCAAACAUCUCAUCCGAAACAAGCUGCACACAUUGACCAAGCGCUGGAGCCCUAACGUCGGCCAGAGAGUCUCUGAAGACGAAGAUCAGCUUCAUGACACCAUCUUACGUCUGGCUCCUGGUGUCCAGUGUAACCGGAUGCUGCAGAACGUCAAAGAGGUGUUGGAGUGCAACUCCAUCGACAUGCAGAAGCUCAUAGUGGCGCGAAUACAGCAGGACCUUGGCAGACAGAGCCAAGACCUGAAGCUGUUGUCUGCCCUGCUGCGAUGGAAGGGUCUUUCCAGAUCCGAGGUCAGGGAGGUGAUGGACGCCCUGCCCGAUGGUCCACAGACACCCACUUCUGAUUGCUGCUUCUCUUGUCUGCCCUGCUGGUGAAGACUGAGCUGUUCCGCAACUGCACAACACCCAGGACACAACCCAGGAAGUGAAUCCUCAAAAUGUUCGUGGGACUUUCUCAAACUGGUUUGAGCUGUUAAAACUCUCCCUGUUACCAAAUGCACUUCCUAUGUUGAAGAUGCAAUUCACAGGUUUAAGUUACAGGAGGUUUUUAAAUGGAUGACGCAGGCUGUAAUCCGUUUGUAUGAAACAGCCUGAAUAUUAUCCUCAGGUGUCAUUCAAAUAUUGUAAGCAUGGCUUUUUAAAACCUUGUUUACAGAAAAGCUGCACAUUUAAUGUAAAUAGAAAUGUUUUUUUGUUUUUUAUCCUCUCACUUCAUGUUUCCGUUUCAUCUGUAUUUAUUUGAAAUUUAAAUUUAAGUAGACCAAAGAAGGAAGUACUGAAUUUGAGUUUUUAUUGUUUUAUGGUAAUAUUUAAAUUUUAUAUAAAAAUAUUUUUUAAAACUAAUUUAAAAAACGUAAUUGUUAAGCAUAAACUUGAAAACGUUAUCAGGACUUUUGUGUGGUUUGCGCUUUAGUACUUCCGUCUUUUAAUGAAAGCCUUCCACUGUGAGUUGUGCCUUGUACUGUAUUCGUUUACAGGUCCUGCUUUGGUGUCUUUGAUCUAAUUUAAAGUUCUGGUUUGUAUGUUGUAUUUUUAUAUGCUACGGGUAGUAGGGUUACAGUGGAACAGCAAA